AUGCAUCCGACUACCAUCUCUUCUCUCAUCCUCCUGGCUGGUGCCGCCACCGCUGCUCCCUCCAAGCGAGCAGGAGAUUCAAGUGUCGGCAUCAAUGCCGUCCUCCCUCCUGUCGUCAAGGUCAACACUCGUGCCGACAGCGUCGACCUUAUCGCCAAGCUCAUGACUGCCCCAACCCAGGCUGACCGGCUUAAGCUCCUCGAUCAGCCCGGCGAUUUUGUCUUCGACUUCAACGUUGACGACACGGCCGCUGGCUCUGAAGCCAAGGGCAAAGGAGGUUCUACCAUCUCUGCCACAUCCAAGACUUUCCCUGCCCUCGUUGGGAACGGUGCCGCCAUGACUGUUGGCUUCCUCGGGCCCUGCGGCAUGAACACUCCACAUGUUCACAACCGCGCCACUGAGCUCAACUUUGUUGCUCAGGGCCGUCUCGUUACCAAUUUUGUCGAGGAAAAUGGUGCCACGCCCGUCUCAAACACACUGACAAAGUUCCAGAUGGCUGUGUUUCCGCAGGGUGCUGUCCAUGUUGAGUUCAACCCCGACUGCACGGAUACCGUGUUCGUCGCUGGAUUCAACAGCGCCGAUCCUGGUGUUCAGACCAUUGCCCAGAACUUUUUCAGCCUGCGACCUGACAUUGUGAGCGCGACACUUGGUGGUGUGCAGUCGUUGAAUGGGGCAGACAUUGAAUCUUUCCGGGGCAUGAUUCCUGCGAAUGUUGCGUUGGGGAUUGACACGAUCGAUCCGGCCAUUCGUCUGCGACGAGCCAUUCACGUCGGCGACAGCCUCCUUGCCAUACGAAUCCUCAAGUCUCAUCCACCUCUCCUCCACAACCCCGAUUCUUCAUUACCCGGGCUAUCCAACUCGAACCUACAUCUAGCAGCAUCUCUCGGCCACAAGGAAAUAUGUGAGGCUCUGUUGAAAGCCGGCCACGAGGAUCCCUGCCCUGCCCUGAACGAGAAUCAUCAAACAGCUCUGAUGCUGGCUGCCGCCGCUGGACACUCGGAAGUUGUGCAUUUACUUUGCGAAUACGACAGAAGCUGCAUCUUGCGACGAGAUGUCAGAGGCCGUGACGCCAUUAUGGAGGCCAGCAUGGGUGGUCAUGAUACUGCGCUUCAGAUCCUUUUGACUUAUGUGCCGGGCGGUCCACGUGAAGCGGUUCAGCGGGCCGAUCUGGAAGGCAAUACAGCUUUACAUUUUGCGAGCAGCAAUGGGAAUUUACUCGGACUGCGGACUCUACUCGCAGCCGGAGCCGACGUAGAACGACGAAACAUUUGGAACUGGACUCCUGCUGCAUACAGCGCCACCGUGCAAUCCGAGGUAUAUCUCAAAGGACUGGUGACUGAGGUCGGGAGACGGCAGCAGCUGAAGAAAGAAAUCGAAGCUACCAGGAACAAGAAAGCCGGGGCAGUGCGCGUCGUCACUGUGGAUAGCGACGAUGAUUAA